AUGGUAUGCGGAUGUUGAGUCAUUGCUAUCACCGAUAACAAUGCGGUGAGACAGUUAUCUUAUCAGAUCAAGGCUUCGCUCUCUGUUCCACGAGCGGCAUAAGGGCAUUCGGCAAGGAACUUACGAAGGUACCCGAAGCACCAUCCUUCAGAAUCGCACGAACCGCCCGCACGCCCUCGAGUCCCUUCCACCAGGUCUUUCACGCCCACUCCUCCCUCUCAGCUGCGCCCACAACAGAACCAAGAUGUCGAGGCCAAGAUCACACAAGGAAGUAGAAGUAGAAUACGAAGAUGACGAUGGCGGUUGUGGAGAUUGUCUCGCCAAUAUAUUGCAAACCCCGGUGAUAAUAAUCGCCAGCAUCGUCGUCCCCGUCUUCAGCGUGACGUUCGUGGUCAUGGGAGCCAUUUUCCUGAAGGACUGUAACAUCGAGCCCAUGAUUCCUGUCUGGCUGCUGGUCCAAGGAAUCAUCAUGUUAUUCGGCAUCGGGACAGGAGGAAUGGCGACCCGAAGCUACAAGUCGGGGAAGAGUGUCUCGUUGCCGGUCAAACUCGUGAGCUUCGUCGUGUCUCUGGCAACCUUUGCUUGGUUCAUCGGAGGUAACGUGUGGGUGUACCGCGCAUGGGCCCAGGACCCGGACUAUGCUCAUUCCUGGUUCGAGAACGGCUGCAACAAGAGCGUUUUUAACAUCGCCUUCUACGGGGUCAUCAUCCUUGAUGCUCUCGGUAUCAUCUCCUUCAUCGUGGGCAUCGUGGCGUUUUGUCUCCGAGGAUGCAGUUUCAGAUAAAAAAUGAAAGAGAGACACAAAUCGUCACAUCUUCUUUCCCGUUUCCAGUUCCCAGCUUUGGUGAUUCUCCGCGUGUGGACUCGACUCAUCCUCCUUUAUCUAAAACACCAAACCACUUUUCCUGACUCUCUUUUCCCUUCCUGCCUCCAGGUCGCCUGCUGGUGGUGUUGGGGUCUGUUGCGCUAAAUGGUAUACCUUUAUUUCCAAGAUAUUUCAGUUUAUUUGGAUGUAUAUUCUUAGACUUAAUUGGGAGCAGAGAACGGUUAUAAAUCAUCGAUUGUUGAUUCUUUUUAUCUAGCUAACUUGAAGAAUAUAUUGGCAACCAGAAGGUUCGUUUUUGUUAUUUUAUUUAGUUUUUAAGUCUCCAAAAUUAACACACUUUAAUUGUCUAAUGUUUUAAGUAAAUUGCCAAUAUUAAGGUUUAUAUGAAAUCUGUCUCAAACCAAAAUGUUUUAUCUAAUCAGUCGAUGAAUUACUCCAUAAGGCGUGACCCAGGAUUUUAAUUGUUUAUUUAUAUAUUUUAUUUAUUUGUUUGUUUAUUUUUUGUGGGGGGGAGGCCUGGUCCCGAGCCUAAAACGAAUUAAGAUCCUUUGAUUUAAGACACGGGCAACAUCCCAAACAGAUUAUAUAUUUUUGUGUUAUAUUCGAGUCAUUAAUUUCCAAGGAAGAUUGUUAAUGGUUUACUUUGUUUCUGCUUAGCAUAGGUGUCCUCUGUAAUAGUUCGUUUAAUCGAUGUUAUUCUCCUGUUUUGACAAAUGAUAAUAAAAUAAAUGCAUCUA